AUGCGGGCCCGGACUUUGAUAUUAAAGAACCAACAGAACGACAUCAUCCGUGAGUCGUCGAGCCCCGAGCCCGUCGUUCGUCCUUCGGGACGUGGUCUUCCCCGUUCGCCCCGUCUUCCCCGGCGUUGGACGUGGAGGUUCCGGAUGCCCUCCCAGCAUCCGAUGACCUUACGAUCCCACACCCGGGGGAUCGCUGCCACCGCGGCUGCGCGCUCGGUUCUGGCCGGUGUUCAACCACCGAGCCGUAGGACCAAGGUCCAGACGCCUCGCGUUCGAAGAAAAGAGAGUCCCGUCAUUGUUGUACUUCCAUCCCCACACCCGGCGCCUGCCAAAAGGACCGGGACGCUUCACAGACACAUCUUGAUUCUCAAAGAAGUAGCUGACACCGAGACAGAGAAUGAGGCUGGCCGUGUCCUGGGUAACCCAGUUACCCCAGUUCGGCCUGCAGGUCGGGCGCGGUUCCUCGACCUAUCGGAGACACGGAAGGUUGAGGUCUUCGAGGACACCGAGAGUCAAGACACCCUCGAGGCUCUCACUCCGGUUCUCUACUCUGGCUCCUCGGAGAACAAGGAAAACGACAGAAACAAUCUUAACGUUCUUGAGCCGGAAGAGGAACCCGCCCCUCCUAGCAGUGAUGUCGACACUCCUCCUCGUAACAAUCAUCUCGACUGGUCGGUCCUGGAAGCUGGCCCUCGCGACGUCUUUGGCCUUCCCUUCAACUUCCCCACCCCUCUUCCAGAUACCACCAUCACCACCGUCGUCGCCGAAACCGCCGAUAUCACCAACCCCCCUCCUCGCCCCAAUCUUCAGCGCACGGUGUGGCCAGGUGAUGACGAGACAGGGGACGAGCGCUAUGAAACCAACUCCGAGAUCGCUGUGCGCGAACUAUUGGAGACGGGGUAUUUUGACCGGGUCCCUAACAAUGCCCAACAAAUUCCGGUGCGAGGGGGACAAGCCCAAGCCCAGACCCAGGCAGCCCCCAUUCCCUAA